AUGCAUCGGCAGCUUGCCUACCCUUCCUGCGGGGAGCUGCUCGCACAGAUCAAGACCUUCCCCCGGAUACAGAAGUCUGUUCCCUUUUCGGAAGCCGGCGGACAGCCGUUGAGUACUUUUGUAUUGUUCCGCUGUCAAGAUCGACAACAGCGUCGGGGACGCAGAGUUGCGAAGGUCCAGGCCAGACUCAAGUGCAGUCUACAUCGAUCACCAGCUGUAGACCACGGGUCCUCACCAGAUUCAGUUCACGGAAGUGUCUCACGGUCUGCGUCUGCCGAGUCUGACAGGAGCUAA